AUGGUUUUCAACUACUACAGCAAGCCUGGAAACCCCGAUGCCAACGGCGAGAGAGCGGUCGCUGAAAACAUUGUCGAGGACAAACAGGGUCAACAAUGGUUGGUGCUGACCGCCAAGCAAAUGACUUUCCUCCCCGUUGCCGUCUCAGACGCCGUCCGGUUCAUCGUGCUGCACAUAUACGGCGGUGCCUACUUCGACAUGGAUGUGCUCAUGCUCAGAGACAUGCGCCCACUGCUGCUGCCCGAAGAGCAUGCCUUCGCCGAACGUUGGGCUGCCCAUCCUCAUCCUGGCGACUACAAUACAGCCAUCAUGUCGCUCUCCGCUAAUUCAUCUCUGUCCUCCUAUCUACUCUACGGUGGUGUUCGCAUGGGCGUCAACUUCCACCCCCGCGUCCUGGGUCGCAUGGCCUGGAAGGACGGCCGUGAUCGGGAAUUCAAAAUGUUCGAAACGGCAGCAUUCGACCCCAUCUGGACCGAGUUCAACUGGGAUCGCGAGGGUCGCUGCACGGUACCCUGCAUCCGCGACUACAGUGCAGUCUUCAAAGGCAAGGCUGGUGCCAUCAAAGAUGAAUGGGAGAGCUACGAUGGCCAGCAACUAGAAGCCAUCAAGCUCGCAGAGCAACACAGAGAGCUUCGAUCUCUGCCUGACAUGGACCACACCCACGGUAACGAAACACCCUCUGCCAAGCAUGACGACAAGGAGAUACACGCUGAUUCCUUCCAACCUACUCUCGAUGAAGAAGUCGAGUUACGCAAGGCUGGAGUCGUCUCUGACUACAUUCUGGCCGAAGACAAGUUUCCUCCUAACAAUCGCACACUGGAGAACUUUUUCAGAGGCGCGUGGACAUAUCAUAUCCACAACCAAUGGCUCAAGCACCCUGAACCCUCUUCCUGGCUCUCCGUUCUCGAACAAGCGCAAGACGGCUUCUUCGCUCGCAAACGCACGAAUCCGUAUGGCGAGAAGUGGACAGGACCAGAUUUGAUGCCAUAUAAUUACUGGCCAGAGUUUGUUUGA